GUAGUGCAUAUAUCUCUCAAAUCUAUCUAGAUCUAUGGCCGGCUUAGAAGUUGUGAGUGGUCGGAAGCUGUUGUAUGGAUCACUUGAUUCGAAGGAAACAAUGCGAGUGUUUGCUACUUUCUUCGAACAUGAAAUUGAUUUCGAGUUCAUCAACGUUAACAUCAAACCUGAGGACCAUCGUGAUUUUCUUUCUCAAAUUCCAUUUGGAGAACUUCCUGUUUACAAAGAAGAAGAGGGUGAUCUGAUUGUAUUCGGUUCAAGAGCAAUAAUGAGGUACUUAUCACAUAUGUACAUGACAACGGGAAAAGAAUUUAUAUAUGUGUCACCAAGAAUGCAAGUAAUAGUUUCAUCAUGGAUCGAAUCCGAGGACCACUGGUUCGAUCCAUUAGCUUCUAAACUUAUCGAGAAAUCCAAGAAUGGGUUGGCGCAGACGGAGGAAGAGGCGGAGGCGGCGGUUGCUGAAACCGAGAAAGAAUUGGCAAAAAUACUCGAUGUGUACGAGGAUCAACUUAAGGUAAAUGAUUACUUGGCCGGAGACAAGUUUACUACGGCAGAUCUAACCCAUCUACCAAAUUUGUACUAUUUGAUGAAAAUGAAGACCAAACGGUUGUUUGAAGAGAGGCCUCGGGUUGCAGCUUGGUGUGCCGUGAUUAUGCCUCGACCGGCUUGGGCUAAGGUGGUGGCUAUGGUUGAGACUUGAGAUGGACAUUAAUAACUAGUGUUAUAUGUGACAUCUUUAUUGAAAUAAAAUGUGUUCUUUUCUUAUAUUUGUUUUGCAAUAAAUUGUCAACAUGAUAAGAUGUUUUCUAUGUUUUCUAUAUUAAUCUAAUCAUAUCUUAUGGUUGAAUUUAUGUUAUUUAAUAAAUAAUGAUUUGUGAUAAUUUUGUGGA